AUGUCGCGGAGCAGGUCGCAUUCAGUCUUCGAUAAACAGUCGAAGCGCACGGACAUACUCAUACUCAACUGUCCAGCUGAGAGUAAAGAAGGUUCCUCUAAUAUAUUGCUUAAAUCCGGCAUCACAUAUUUUUAAAUGCUAGUACCUAACAAGUUGCCACAAUAAGCAGGGACAGUGCGGAUAGUAUUUGAGGAGUAUAGUCAUAGUCUGCAAUUUUUUUGAAUUAUUCGGCGAAGGAUCGCCGGUUAUUCGUCAGAUCAACAAAGUUUCACGAUCCAGUGCCACAGUAUCCCAUGCGUUUCACAAUCUGUUUAUCGGUUCGCCGGCAAACACAAUAUCAAGAGUCUUAUCAACAAGUGUGAGAGAUGAGAAGAGAAUAUCUCUCGAUAAGGGACGCAAUUUGGUAAAGUGUACAAAAAGAAUAAUGCCAAUUGGUUUAAUUUGGCGAGAAAUCAAGUGAUUUGGAGAAUGAAGUGAAAUACGUCUUUUGUUAAGAAGAAUACCCUUUAGAAGUUCGAAUUGGUGAAGCCAUUUGUUGUGCACAAGUGUAGUGAUUAGGCCGCAUAAAAUCUUUUUACGUGUCAAACUUUGUCCAAAAAUCUUGAAAGUAGUCAAGUAGCGACAAUUUGUGAAAAUCUAAGUGGUGUACUGUUUUCUGAUGUCUAGAAAGAAUCCAAGCAAACGGGAAACUUUCUACACGACCCGCAAGCCUAGCUAGCUAGCGGCUUUUCCUGUGUGGAAAAAAAAUCGUCCCGAAUAAGAUUACUACUGUGAAAAGCCGGUCUGUGAACUUUCUAAAUAUACUCGGUGCAAAUCAAAUAGCAGGAAAAAAUCUGCAAGCGUCUGCCCUUUAGAAGGAAAGAACACCGUAAAUAGGAGAAUCUAACUGAGAUUGCAAGGGUCAGGCAGUAAAAAUAUUUGAUCCAAAUCGAACGCCAUUCGUUGGGCGAAACAUAUCAAAAGUGCUGCCAAUUCGUGGAUCCUCCAAUUUAACCGGCCUCGCAUUUUUCUACAUCUAUCAGAACCGAAGCAGGCGUUUCUCGCGUUCACAAGAAAUUCCACAGCGAUUUGAGUGACCAUUUUGCUCGUUCUUGCUAAACGGGCGCCUCGUGUGCCGCUCGGUGAAUGCCAGCCUACGCCGAGAUGCUGGUUUCGCAAAGCCCGCCGAUCUACAAUCACUCGCUCGUGGAUUACAUUUCGAGUCAAACCGGCGACGGGACACGGUUCGGCUGCAGUCCCACCCGUAGCUUCUGUCGUCCUGCAUCGCUGCAGCUCAGUCCGUUGCCACUGCGCCGCCAAGUGACCGCACCCAGUUCGAUCUGUCCGAAGAUGCCGGCAUCGCCGAGACGAUCGUGUCUGGUAGUUCGUCCGGAAGACCUGAGCCCCGAGGAAGAGACUACGAUCGAUCUGCACCACGGAUCGCUGGACUUCGCGCACGACAAGCAUCGCAACAAGAAGAAGGUAGUCUUUGCCGACGACCAGGGCGGCCAGCUGACGCAGGUGCGCGUCAUGAAGGAACCCUCCUACAUGCCUCCGAUCUGGAGCUUGCAAUUUCUGGCACAUGUGACGCAAGGCAUGAUCAGUCCGGUGCCCCAGGAGCAGUGGGUCGUGGACUUCCGGCAACCGGCUAGCGCCUACCUGGAGUUCCGCCAGAAGGUGGAGGAGAAGAAAGUGUCGCUGGAGAAUGUGAUCAUCAAGGAAACGGAACACCUGAUUGUGGGUACGGUGAAGGUGAAAAACAUCAACUACAACAAGGAGGUCAUUGUUCGGUCGACCAACGAUGCGUGGAAAACACACCAGGACACCUAUUGCACGUACACCGUGGUUGGCAGCGGAUUAGUCUCCGCCUACACGACACACGAUACCUUCUCCUUUAGGCUAACUCUUCCUCCUAAGUCCAGACGGAUUGAGUUCUGCGUUUGCUACAAAUGUGAUGCCGGCGAAUUCUGGGACAACAAUGAUGGUCGCAACUACUCCCUCACGAACCGUGUCAUGCCUCGGCAGGAAUCUAGCAUAUUCUUCCCCUCGCAUACCUAUAACAGUAGUAAUCGUACCAAUAGUAACAGUACCUCCCUUAACAGUACAAACACGACCAGCAGUCCCAGCAACUGUUCCAGCCAAAAUAGUUCUCAGUAUGUGGACCAUACGGUCGAUCUGGACACAUGGCGUCAUAUGCACCCGGAGGCCCACGAUGGACCUUACUGUUCGGACAUCGGAAAAGAAACGGAAGAGGUUGAUGGCCGCUGCCCGGAGUCGACCUUCAUCGCCGCAUCACAGUUGACCCGCACCUCUGCUCCAUCGCUUCACUGCACCUCCAACCAGCAGCCGCAGCCAACUGUGGAUGCUCCUUCAAAAACUCCGCCUUCGCUGACUCGAUCGGAGCCGAUCAAAAUCGUCACACCAGCAUCCUCGCCGCUGGCGGUUCGGCGCACCUCGUGUGCCGACCAGUUCGCUAGCCGCCAGAAGCAGUUCAACAGCAACCGGGCCAGCUAUCCGAGGGCCAGCGGUCAGCAGCAUCUCAUUCGCGACCGGCAGGAAGAUCUGAUGGCCAAUCUGCUGAACCUUAGGGACCUCUUGCUGAAUCAGAACGUGCCGGUGUGAGGACGUGACUUUUUGCUACAGACACAGGCCCAUGGCACGUGAGCUUGAUUUUUUUUUGAAUUGUGAAAAAUCAUCGUUUUGUCUCGUACUAUCUACUAUCAGAAUGGGGAGAGCUUUCCGUUUUUUUAUCUUUGUAAGUUGAUAUUUUUGUGUGUAGAGAUAUUUGUUGAAAUAUUUAUAUUCGUGUAAAAAACUGACUGACAUAUGCCCUUUAUGAAAGCAGUGUGCAAUAGGGUAAUCUGGAAGUAAAAAGAAACUUAUGGAUAGAGGCGGUAGACGGCGGUUAAACGAUUGCUACCUGUUCGCCAAUCAAAAGCGUCGCUGCUUAUGCUGGGAUGGGAUAACCAUGGUCACGCCAAAACGAGCCUUCAGCUACAAAUAAUUGUACUAUUUAUUUAUUAUUGAAUUGACACAUUUACAUUUUUAGCGGUAGCCGAUUUUCGUUUUGUUAUUUACACAUUUUACUGUCGUAGCCAUGGUUACCAAGAUACCGGCUAACGUGACUGAAAAAAUAUAUCCUUCGAAUGAAAAAGAUGAGACAGCCAUAACAAUGGGAAAAGGAAAGAAACUAGUUUUAUUUGAUCAAAUAACAACCAUAAUUCAAAUCAAUUUAUAAAAUGCUAUUGGAAGAAGAAGGGAGAACAAAUAGACACGAUGAAGAGAAAUGAGAAAUGGAAACCAAAAGACUGAUUGUGUCCACAAAUUACAUUAAUUUGCAUGUGAGAGAGCGAGAGCGUAGAGAAAGAAAGAGUUUUAGGAACAGAGCAAAUAAUGGAAAAACUACAAUGAAAGAGGUUAGCAGUUUCAGGAUUUUACCAAAAACAGCACAAGUCUCCCAUUAUGUUUUAACUCAACCUACAUCCAGCUUGUUAAAUGUCGAAAUAAGGGGAUAAUAAACUGUAUCAAUGAAAAAAAAGCCAUAUAUAAUUCAUAAGAGUACAAGCAACAAACUGAAGUAACAAGAAAAGGCGAAGGUUAGACAACACUCAAAUGGCAAUGUGAAAGACUAGAUUUAGAUACACAAACAUAACUGGAAAAGUGAACGGAAAGAAUGUCGAAGGGUGCGAUCCCAAAACACUUCAAAAUAAGCAUGGGAUCACAUAGCCAUGAACAACAAAGCUUAUACGGACAGGCUUGCAGUCCGCCAUUUUGAGAUAUUAUUAAGAACAAACAUCAAGGAUGGACAACUCACUAAUGAUUAAUUAAAUUCACUCGCUGAUAAUCAAUUCUACAGAAGUUGCCUCUAAAGAACUUUCGGCAAUAUUUUUUAACUUUACACGUUUUUAGUAAACACGAGUCUUCUAGAGAUCAACAGGUUUAAUCUUUUUUAUAUACGCUCCCAUGUUUCAUUCAGUGAAACAUUUCUCUGGAAGCCCACUGUUUCACAAAAUUUAAAUUACGAAACAGGAUUUCUUUGAAAGUAAGUAACCACAACAAGAAGAGUUAUUGUCCCUUUUUUUAGAUAGUUUUUCGUAAAUACUUUCUUGUUUCAUUCUGUAAAUAUGACUUAUUUUCAAACAAACCUCCAUUUCGUUAUGCAGCCGAAUUGUAUAAUACAUCAGUGAAUGUAAUUAAAUGUAAGUGACUGUUUCCUUCCUCGUAACAUCGAACUCAUAAGUAAAUAAAGAAGCAGAGCUGUGCUUCCACCUACUCGACCAAUACCCUCAAAUUUUCAUUUGUAAAUACUUCCCUAAAUUUUCUAUGUAGGCUACUCUUUAUGUAGCUAGGCACGAUGGGUUCCUCUUGCCCAUCGAAUAUAGCUCAAAUAUAUUUACAUUACAUGUAUAUUUACUCUGAAAUUGUUGAAUUAUAUUCUCCGAUUACAUGUGAGAUGAAUCUGACCGUUGUUGCUUACUAUUUAGAGACCAUGCACCACAUUUAUACUCAAUUUUCCUAGUAGCGUAACAUUCAUAGUAUGCGCGCUGCUGUUGUACAUAUUUGACACUUUCCAUUCAAAAUGAUUAUAAUUUUACUUUCUACAAAUAGAAACGCUUAAAUUUAACACUUUUAUACAUCGUUUAUAAGACAUUGAGAUGACUAAUAUUGAUCUGCCGGAACAAACGCGCCUCAAACAAUGGAAAUUAAAUAAACAAUGAACAAACAACAAUGAUUGCAAUGUUUUAGUAUGUGUUUUUGUGUAACAGUAGACGAUAUGCAUGAAGUCAAACAUAGAUUUUUAGUCAUCUUUUACUACUACUCUAGUAAGCCACAAAAUAAGACCAGAUCAGAAAAAGAGGAUUUGAUAUGAUAAUAGUCUUAAUGCUUAAAUAAUAUUAUAUAAGUUGUAUCUAUUACUUAUUGUCUGGCCAUGUAAAUAGGCUCAGCUUUCGCGUGAAAGCAAGCGCUCAGUGAAGUAAACAUUUUUUUUUAAAUAAAUAA